UUUUUUGUAACAAAUAUUCGUUCUACACAUACCUAUUUAAACAGACUUAAUAGCUGCAUGAUGAUCUUAUCAGGUCUGCUGUGCAUCCGAAAUUCGACAUGUUGGUAAACCCGAUAACGUAGAGCAAUGGAGUCCGAACCCAAUGCAACGACAGUUUGAUACCCGUAGCAGCAAACGUCCUCCAGUACACCCUGAGUAAAGUAGAAUUUUACAGGAGACAAUUUAAGUGAAGAAUGAUUAUUAUUAACAAAGAUUUAUUUUCUGAUGACAGAUCAGCAUUAUAUCUGGAAGCCACUGGCGGAAGUAUAAAAAGUUUGAGAGUUCUUGUUUACUCAUACUUCACAGAUGAAUCAGGAUAAGGAGCUAUGGGAGCUCGAGGACUGGUACCCACCUCUAUGUCCACCGGAGACCCUCAAGGAGGAACUACUCCAAAAUGAAGACUUCACAGAGGUGGACAAGGACGCUCGGGCGAAACUCAAUUCACCAAAAGACAGUUUCGACAAACUUGUCCAGCACCUGACCAGUCAUUUGAGCUCCGAUCUACACAAGUUAAGAGCCAUUUUUGUGUGGAUGGGCGCUCAGAACAUAGGAUGUCGACAAGAGACAGGCAGAUGCGAAGACAACAACAGUCCAGACUAUUACAUACAGGAGGCAUCAAAAAAUAAUAGUUUAAUCGAUAAAAUGUUCGCCAAGAUGUGCAGAGCUGCAAGAAUCCCAUGCCUUCUUGUAAACGGCAAUGUAAAAGGUGUAAACUACGAGACAGGUGAUGUUGAGAUAAACGGAGAAGGAACCUGGGCAGUUGUUUACGUGGCAAACAGCUGGCGGUUCGUGUUUCCUUACUGGGCCUUUGUAGUAAUAAGUGGUUACCAAAAGGAAAAUUUUGUGCUGGUUGAGGAUUCUGGAAAACCAAAAAGUGAAAGUCUCACAGCAAAUGCCGGUACCACUAAGCACAAUUUUGACGAAUUUUAUUUCCUGACUGACCCUGAGGAGAUGAUUUACAUCUGUCAUCCAUAUGACAAAGAAAAGCAAUUGUUGACUGAACCAUGGACACAAGAGAAGUUCGUUGAGUCGCCUCACUUGCGUAGUCCGUAUUUUUCGUCUGGAUGGAAGCUGACCAACCCGUUAAUGUGCGUGAUCAAGUCCACAACUGGAUGGUGUUUGAUUGACAUGUUUAGUCAGGGAGGUGGUUAUAAACUGAAGUACAGUUUGCUUUUCGACGAAGGUCGUUCAGGAAGAAAAUUUCCAAAGGAGAUACCAACGGAACUCUACGUAACUAUAAUAAGGCGGACUCAGAAGACGGACUCGUUUUUGGUCAGACUUCCAGUAAAAGGAACAUACAAAUUUAGAGUACUAGGAGCUCAUGGAAAUACAACCUCUCGCCUAGUCGAAUUUCAGAUCGUCUGUGAUGAUGUUGCUCCAGACACACAUCCCUUCCCUACCCGCCCAGAAAACGGGUUUGGCUUUGGUGAAGCAGCUGCUGAAGCUGGUUUGUCGGAGGCUUCCCACACGGAAGGGGUUGUGCCUGUCAAAAGUGGUGACGAGAUCUGUAUGCGCUUCAAGGUUAGAGAUCACGUGGACAUUUCGGCCAGACUGAUCCACUCCACCCGUACACCGGAAGAACUUCGGGACAACGUCAUCGUGGAGCGAAAAGGCGAUAACAUAACGGUCACGGUGAGACUCCCGGCAGACGACCCGAAACCAGAAUAUUCCCUUGAAGUCGAUACUAUAACAAACAGAAAAGAAAAUGAUCAAUCCACAACAAAUUUGUUUAAUUUUCCUGUUCUGAACUACUUGCUAACCAGCGAUGAAACACUGAAUGCAGUAAUCAGGGACGAAGACACAAAGAAAAAUCUCCAGUUCUACGAAGAUGCAUGGGUCUCUGUUGGCAACGAUGAUGCAGAGAUGUUAGAGAAAAUUGCCUCAAGGGACGAGAGGGCUGAUAUUAAAGACCCGAUAUUAGACAGAAAAAUACGAGAAAAGGAAAAGUGCUACAAACGUAUGACAGAGGAAGUGCGUGUUUCUGCACAGGAACGAAACUUCAAUGAGCUGAAUCGGAGCAUCAGAAACUGCAUUGCUGCAAACCUUCACCACAAAAGAGAAAUUGAGGACGCCAUGAAAAUUCUAAUGACAUUGUGUCAGGAGGAAAUGGAGAAGGCCGUUAAAAGUAAUAACUUGGAGGAACUCCGUGCAUGCUUCAAGAAAAUAGACAACACCUGUGUCAGUAAAAUGGCUCGGGAACAGGCUUGGUUUGAAGACGGCCAAGAAGAAAUUAAAAAGAUGGUGCAGUCCCUCAGGAAAAAAGACGAGGCGACUGAGGGAAGACCUCCAGACCACGUCUGUGACGUCAUCGUUGCAGCCUUCAUUCUGAUUGGAGAAAACGAGGAGGAACUUGACACGUGGCAGAAGAUCAAUGGAAAACUGAAAGAAACAAACGAAGAACAACUGAUAAAUAAUGUAAACAGUCUGGACAAGUCCUCGCUUACCCGACAGCGGGUGGAUCUGGCAGAACAGAAGCUGGAACGAGCUGUCGGGACGUUUGCCGAGUACAGGUCAAUAGAAACACUCAAGAAACAAUGCAUGGAGAAGAUCACCUUUUACCGAACUAAAGGAAGUCUCAAAAGGAGAAACUAACUCCGUACAGAAUGAAGAACAUCAACGAUGCAGACAGAGGCUGUGACUUGUCUCCCCUUCUCAUGACCAAGUGAUAAAUGCUUUGGUGAGAGACUGACCCUUAAUCAAUUUUUCAGGAAGGAUUUUACAACUUAUUUCAGUGACUCUAACUCUUACUGACAUUUCGUUUUGUUUAUCAACUCAAGCCUACAAAAAGGUUGUUUUUUAGCUUUUAUACCGACUAUGGCGCCUUCGUUGACUGUCUACAGCGAAUUGUUCAUGAGAAGAAAAAGGCAUUUUGUGCUGAUUAUAUUAUAUUUCUUUUGUGUCACCAUUUAGACAAGUUAAAAUUUCUCCACAUUAUUCAAAUUCAAGUAAUUGUUGUUCUAAGAAUCAGUGCAGUUUCUUUUCACUGUACCUAUGUUUUACUUCUGAUCUCUAGCCUCUGGGUAUUUAUCACAGAACAGGCUAAAGCUUAGCAGCUUUUUCUUUCGAGAAUGAUAUGAGUGUCGUUGUUUUUGUUGUUUGGAAGAAUUUUACAACUUAUUUAGGUGACUUUAUCUCUUACCAACACCCGAUUUUGUUUAUCAGCAACAGCCUGAAAGAUCUUUGUCUUUUGUCUUUAAUAUAGACUAUUACUCCACUUUUGACUGUUUACAGGUUUUAUUCAUGAAAAUAACUUACAUGUGUGCUUAUUCUAUUCUAUUCUAUUCUAUUCUAUUCUAUUCAUAUUAUCAUUUAGACAAGUUAAAAUUCCUUGACCCACAUAAUGUAUAUAAUCGCUGCAUGUUUUAAGAACCACUGUACUCACUGUUUUCUCGCUGUUUCUUUGGUUUAACGGCAUUGCUACAUUAUCAGUAUAUUAUCAAUCUGUACCUAAUUGUAAUUUUUUUCUCUUGUUGCCUCUAAGUGUUUAUAUUAGAGCAGGUUGAGUGAGAAUGAUCUGUGUACUGUGACUAUCUAUGUUUGAUUCGAAAAAGAUAUCAGUGUUGUUGUUUGUCAACUUGCCCUUACAGAGAAUGUUUAGAAUGGCCAGAUUGUUUUUAGGUUAAAUGCUGUUUCAUUAGCCGAGGUAAAGUGAUAUAUUGUGAUGCUAUUCACUGGUAGAUUUACUUCAUAUUCUUGUAAAUUACGCGUACACAUUGUUUUAAUAAUGCUGUCUAUGCUGUGGUAAUGGAGUAAUAGUAUCGGAGUUAUAGUACGAUAAUAAAAAUCGAAUGUCUUUGUUAAGAAAUUAAUGUAAAUUAUUGUAUAAAUCUCCAUAUCCUUUAAUUUACGCAUUGGUCAGUCAAUCAACCAAUAAAUAAAUCCGAAACAUAACUGACGGAACAGAUUGAGUUGCCCAAGAACAAACAUCAUUAUUCUCAGUCUCAUUUUAGCUUUGUCUACUAAUGCUCUCAUUCUGAUAAGAAAUCCGCACAUACCACUGUCUUUUCCACAAGAGAUAACAACUUCGUGACUAUUCGUGCUUAGUCACGAGACUAGUCACGUGAUGAUGAAAUCACGUGACUAAUGAGCCAGCCAGCAAACCCAAAGAUUGCAUUGACUCGAACAAGGUCAUCGCAAAAGCUGACCCGGAAUGGCAUUUACUCGAGCAGAUUGAAAUGUCGAGACAGGAUCGACAUGUGACUGAGAUGUUUUCCUUGAGGAGUCCAUAUGUUUUAUACUUACUUUUGUUAUGAUUACAAUUGUUUGUUUGGGUGCAAAUACUUUGGGACCACUGACCUGAUUUUCAUGUUAAGACUGGAGGGCUCGGAAUCAUAUCUCGUUAAAACUCAAAAUAUUGUCACAGUACUUUGAAUUUUCUUCCACUGCAUUUUUGAAUUAUUUAGACCGCAAGUUUUGUUUGCUGUUUUUGGUAAGCAUUACACUGCAAUGUUUUUUGCUGGUUUGUCAUUGUCAGAAGACUAAUUAAAACUUGCACUAGGUAAAAAGUAGCACUCAAUACACCUGGCACAGAGUGACAUUCUAAGAAAAACGAUCUCCUUCCCUGUGCAUGGCGAAAAGCUGCUUUCGCUUCCAUCUCUAGUUCUUGUUGGUUUCAUAGGUUGAUCUUUGAUUGAGACUUUCAAUAUUUACAAUUAAUUUUUGACUCUUUAUGCAUUCUGCAUUGCUUUAAUCUCGAGCCACUACGAUGUUUUGUAUAACAAUCAAACCUUUGUGCAACAGGCUUUAUAAGGAUAUAAAAUAUCACGUACCAUAAAAUAUUAAUGUCAAUUAUAUUAUUUUCAUGCCACGAUUACAGAAAAUUCCGACUUCUGCUUUUUUUUUUUCGCCUAAAAUGUCUUAAUAUUUUUCCUCAAAUUAACAAUGUACUUCUUUAUUAUUUUAAAGUAUUGUUUGUAUAGGACUGUGUACAUUGUAAUAAUUACUGUAUUCAAGGCUGUUUUGUAGCCAGAACGAUUCGCCUUCGCCUUCCUGUGUAAACAUAACUUUACUGUGAGAUAAAUGUUACUGUGAAUUUAUUAUGUUUUAAUUAUUAUGUAUUUAAAUAUCUAAACCUUGAUUUCUUUAUAAACUGUAUCUGUUGUUAUUCUGGAGUACAAAUAACAUCGGAUUAUUAAUCCACGAUACAUGUACCCAUAUUAUGCAUUAGGAACGAUUUUUUUCAAUUGUUUGCUCAUCUAACUUCGUUUUAUAUCUGUUAUAGAAAUGAUCAUACAAAAUCUUCUCCAUGCAGGGUAUGAAAGGUUAUGUAGCACUUCAGGGACACCAAGCUUUUUCUCAAUUCAAAUAAUUUCUGUUAUACAUUUUUAAUAUUUUUCGUAAAGAGUAAUUUUAUGCUCGAUAAAAGGAGCAAAAUUUUAUUUCGACAGGGUAGUACACCAACAGUUAAAUACUGGUUGUUUGGUUGUGUGAUUCGCUUAUGUGUAUACCUUGUCAUGUGACUCUACAGUCCCAAAGUGAUUUCACUAUCCACCCCUACCUCUAGCUUGAAGGUACACUUGAUAUGUGGGGUGAUAAUUGAUGAAAAGUCAGAGUAAGUGGCUCAUCGUAUCUGCUUUACCCUAAUAUUAUAUUUGUAGGACGCGUGAGCUACAUUCAACUGAUAGCACAAUAAUCUUUGUUCUCUUGGUUUCUCGGAAAAUGCAGUUGAAAAGUCCAAAUUGAAAGGCUAACAAAUUAUAGCUUAGACAUUAUCUUAUCACAAAAGUAAACAAUUUUAAUUACUACUUACUGGCUGGAUGGUGAAUCCUACAUACACCCUGACCUGACUUCUCACAUCUGGGGUCACUAAGGUAAUAAGGUCUGCUGGACUGACAGAAUCUUCUGUAUACACCAUGUAAGUUUAUACUGUGUGAUCUGAGUACAUUAACCUGCAGUAUAAUAAUUUUAUCUUAUUUUUCUCUUGUUUUGAUAUUAAUUAAAACUCUUUCCGGUCUAUUACAAUGUUUUUCUUAAUACCUGCACGUCUGUAGUUUCUGCCGGCGAUGUUUGCAGCUUUGUGACAUUUAAAAAUGACCUACUCUGUCUUUGUGUAGACUUGAGUAUCUUUUAUAGUAGUUGAAACGGAAAUGAGAUGGACAGUUUAAAAUUAAACCGUAGGAAAAGU